GCGAUGCGUUCACGGGCCUGUUAUUUUUGAAAGUUGUCAACAGAGAGAAGAAACAGAAGAGAAAGAGGAGGAGAAAGACGAAGAGGAGGAGGAGGAGCGGUAAGAGAGCGGCUUCUAACCGACAGCAGAGCUCCGGAGGACCGGGAGGAGGAGGCAUGGGCUGCAGCCACAGCAAGAAGAAAAGCAAGAAGGGAGAGAAGAGCCGGAAGGACCAGAGCCGCCGAGAUGAGGGAGGUAAACGAGCGACAGGUGAGCCGGACGUCUGUCUGGAGAAGCAGCUGGAGCGCUUUGAGUGGCAGCUGAGGAUCUUAAGGGAGGCCAAUGGGAACCCGGAGAGGGCGGAGCUUCUGAGAGACCACACCGACAAGGAGGUCUGUUCCCUGGUGCUGAGCCUCCUGGAGAAGGUGAAAACGGAGACGACGGUGGAUCUGAACGUUCUGCGUGAACAGAAAUGUGAAACCGCCUCGAAGGAACACGAGAGGAACGUGGAAGAGCUGCACAAGAAACACGAACAAGAGAAAACUGAAGCGACGGAAACGUUUCAGGCUGCUGAGAACGUCCUCAAGGCGGAGGUGGAGCAGCUGACCUCAGAUCUGCAGGUUUAUAACGAGCUGAAGAAGAGACGAGACGAGUCGACGUUUAAGAAAGACCUGCAGAGAAACCUUCAGGCCCACGGCAGCCCAGGUGCAUUCUGGGAGUCUGAGCAGGAGUCUCUGCUGUUUGUGAUCGAGAUGAAGACUGAGCGCGUGCAGGAGCAGAGCAGGAAGCUGCAGCAGAUGGACGCUCUGGUGGAGAAGAAUCUGUCUUUGGAGGAUCAGAUCGUUCUGGUCCUGCAGCAGAACGAGGACCUGAGAGUCCGGAUAGACAACGGCCAGACUCUCAUUCAGCAGCUGUCCAUGGAGCAGCAGGACCUCAAGGUGGCGCUGGAGAGGCAGGCCGUCCUGAACCGGAAGCUCUCUCAGGAGAAGGAGCAGCUGGUGUUCAAGCUGAGGCACAGGGACUCGUGUCCGACCCUUCACCUGCCGGUCCUGAUGCAGGAGAUCGCCCCCAGGUGAUCCCCAGGUGAUCGCCCAGGUGAUCGCCCAGGUGAUCGCCCCCAGGGGAUCCCCC